UGUGCCUUGGUCUACCACUGCAUUUCUUUCCAUGUUGGUAUUGUCUUCCACAUCAAGCCUUGCAAAUGCUCUCACCAGAGGUGAGAUAAUCUCGGCACGUUCUGGUGUCAUUGCUACUGACACUACCCGAUGCUCCAAAAUUGGGGAAAAUGUUCUUCGUGAAGGAGGUCAUGCUGUGGAUGCAUCAGUAGCUGCUGCACUUUGCUUGGGCGUUGUGAGCCCAGCUUCAAGUGGCAUUGGUGGUGGUGGAUUUAUGCUUGUCAAGGUAUCCAGUGGGGAGGUGAAGGUUUUUGACAUGAGAGAAACUGCCCCGAAGCAGGCGUCCCAGAACAUGUAUGCUGGCAAUCAUUCUCAAAUGAGUACUGGUGCCCUCUCCAUAGCUGUUCCAGGGCAACUUGCAGGUCUUUAUGCAGCAUGGAAACAAUAUGGAAAGCUUCCAUGGAAGAGGCUUGUAAAGCUGGCUGAGAAUCUUGCUCGUAGAGGAUUCAAAGUUUCCUCAUAUUUAUACAAACAAAUGAUAAGUGCAGAAUCACGUAUCAAGGCAGAUAAGGGACUUUGUGAGAUAUAUGCACCUCGGGGGAGCCUCUUGCUUCCUGGCCAUGUGAUCCGCAACAUAAAUCUAGCAAAUACGCUCUCUGAAAUUUCGAAAUAUGGUGUGGCAGCCUUUUAUAAUGGAUCAAUUGGCAAUAGUCUGGUAACAGAUAUUAGGAAAGCUGGUGGGAUACUAACAAUGGAGGACUUGCAGAGCUAUCAAGUUAAGUUUAGGGAACCAAUUGUUGCAAAUGUUCAGGGGUUUAAAAUAUUUACUGUUCCACCUCCUGCUUCUGGGGGAGCAGAAGUUAUACUUAUGCUUAAAAUUCUCGCUCAAUAUGGACGUCGUUCGGGUGUUUCUGGCUCCCUUGGGAUCCACCGUGUAAUUGAGGCUUUGAAAUAUGCACUUGCUACUAGGAUGGGCCUUGGUGAUCCUGACUUUGUCGAUGCUAGGAAGGUUCUAUCUUCUAUGCUCUCUUCAAGUUUUGCAGCAAGGUUGAAGAACACUAUAGACGACAAUAGGACCUAUGACUCUGACCAUUAUGGUGGCAAGUGGGAUCAACUCCAUGAUCAUGGCACCACUCAUUUAUGCAUAGUAGAUCGUGAGCGAAAUGUUGUCUCCAUGACUGCCAGUAUAAAUUCAUACUUUGGGUCGAAAUUUCUGUCACCAAGUACAGGGAUAGUCCUUAACAAUCAAAUGGAUGAUUUCUCUAUCCCUACUACAACUGUUUCACGACCGGCACCUGCCAAUUUUAUCCGUCCAUCCAAAAGGCCAUUGUCGUCCAUGGCACCUACCAUUAUCUUGAAGGUAAUAUAG